AUGAUUUCCUUAUCGGAUGCAUAUCAUGUAGUAUCAGCAACUGUACCACUGUAUGUAACAAUGAUUCUAGCAUACAUAUCAGUGAAAUGGUGGAAACUAUUCACACCAGAUCAAUGUUCAGGGAUAAACAAAUUUGUUGCAAAAUUCUCAAUCCCACUCUUAUCAUUCCAAGUGAUUUCUGCGAACAACGUCUACAAGAUGAGCCUCAGGCUCAUCUAUGCAGAUGUUGUUCAGAAAUCGCUUGCAUUUCUUGCCCUAGCCGCGAUUACUCGCAUCGGCCGAGGCGGAGGGGGCUUGAAAUGGAUUGUAACUGGAAUAUCAUUGUCAACACUACCAAACACUUUGAUUCUUGGGAUUCCGUUGAUGAAGGCUAUGUAUAAGGAUGAAUCUGUUGCACCACUUGCACAGAUUAUUUUCUUGCAGAGUAUGGUGUGGUACAAUUUUUUGUUGUUUCUUUAUGAGCUUGAUGCUGCUGCUAACAAGUCCUCCAUGCCUCCUCCUUCUCAAGAAGCUCCACUUCCUCCACCAUCUCAAGGCACAGAGGAAACGGAGACUUCUCAUGAAGUAGUAGUGCAGUCAAAGGAGGAGGAGGGAGAAGAAGAAGAAAAAAGAGAGGCUAUUAGGAGCAAAAGGAAAAUGAAGAUCCUUCUCAUUCUUAUCACAGUGUGGAAGAAGUUAAUUAGAAAUCCUAAUACAUUUGCAACUUUAAUAGGCCUUAUUUGGUCAACCAUACAAUUCAGGUGGGGAGUACAUAUGCCUAAAGUUGUUAAUCAAUCAAUAGAAAUAUUGUCCAAUGGAGGUCUUGGUAUGGCAAUGUUCAGCUUAGGUCUAUUUAUGGCUUCACAAUCCAGCAUCAUAGCAUGUGGCCCAAGGAUGACAAUGGUGGCAAUAGGACUAAAAUUUCUUGCUGGCCCUGCCCUAAUGGCUGUAGCUUCCAUUGCCAUUGGAUUAAGAGGAACAUUACUCAAAGUGGCAAUUGUUCAGGCAGCACUACCCCAAGGGAUUGUGCCUUUUGUUUUUGCAAAGGAGUAUAAUGUUCAUCCUGCUAUAUUAAGCACUGCGGUCAUAUUAGGGAUGCUGAUUGCGUUGCCAGUGGCAUUGGCUUACUACUUUCUCUUAGCAUUAUGAAGGCCUG